AUGUUCUGAACUUCGGAAUGGCUGUGGAAAAGGCAAAGGCUCGCGGUUUGGACGUGGAAAUGGUUGUCGUUGGUGAUGACGUGGGCGUGGGCAGGAAAAAGGGUGGAAAGGUCGGUAGAAGAGGAAUCGCAGGUACAGCGCUGGUUCAAAAAAUUGCCGGCGCUCUCGCUGCUACUGGAGCUCCGCUCAAAGAUGUGUAUGGAGUUGCGAAACUCUCCUCGGAGAACCUCGUGUCGGUCGGCGCAUCCCUAUCGCACGUCCACGUCCCUGGUCGAACGCUUGAGGAUCCUAAUGCAGGCGAAGCUCUCUCUAUUGAAGAGGUCGAGAUUGGCAUGGGCAUUCACAAUGAGCCUGGCUACGCAAAGGUCAAGAUGGCGCUUCCGGAACUUGUGACGACUAUGCUCAAACAGCUCCUAGACCAGAGUGACAAGGACAGAGCGUUCCUCAAGAUUGCACCUGAGGAUGAAGUUGUGUUGCUCAUCAACAAUCUAGGAGGGGUGAGCCCGCUGGAGCUUGGUGGUAUAACUGCAGAAGUGGCCACGCAACUCGACAAAGACUAUGAAAUUAAGCCUGUCAGAGUUCUCUCAGGGACGUUCAUGACAAGUCUUAACGGCUUAGGUUUCAGCAUCACCAUCCUAAAAUUAGUGGAUACUGGCCUGGGCCAAGGCAGGUCAAUGUUGGAGCUCCUAGAUGCGCCGGCGGAAGCAACCGGUUGGCAAGCUGCAGUAAGUCCGGAGACUUGGAGCGAGAAGUUUAGACAUAACUCUGUUGCUCUGGAUGAGGAGCCACCGACGGAGCCAACCAACCUUAGAGUCGAUCGCACAUAUCUCCAGGAAGUCUUAGCAUCAGGCCUGAAUAGGCUCAUUGAAGCUGAGCCAGACAUUACUACCUAUGAUACUAUUGCUGGUGAUGGUGAUUGCGGUAUUGGGCUUCGACGCGGUGCUGAAUCCAUAUUGAAAUAUCUUGAGAAAUAUAAAGGGACAGAUGAUAUAGUAGUCGCGCUAACGGAUAUCACACGAAUCGUGGAGACAAGCAUGGACGGAACCUCUGGUGCUUUGUACGCUAUAUUUCUGAAUGCACUUGCCAAUGGAUUGCGCCUGCAAUCACCGUCAAGUCCAUCAGAAGUGACUCCCGCAAUCUGGGGCAAAGGGCUGAAAUAUUCGCUCAAUUCUCUUGCAAAAUACACGCCAGCCCGCCCUGGUGAUAGGACCCUUGUCGAUGCAUUGGACCCAUUCGUCGAAACAUUGAUUGCGUCAGACGAUCCGAAGAAGGCAGCGGACGCGGCAAGAAAAGGAGCAGAGAAUACGAAGGGGAUGGUGGCGAGUUUGGGACGGACAGUGUAUGUCGGUGGUGAAGGAUGGCAGGGAGUCCCUGAUCCUGGAGCGCAUGGACUGAGUCAAUUUCUCACUGGGCUAGUUGAAGGACUGUCAAGAUAGAAUAGUAAUGAGAGCAAUGAAAUAUUCUCAAUUUUUAUUGAACGCC